UGUGUAUGAUUACAUCAUGGUCAAACACUAUCAAUCCAAAUCAUUCGCUCCUGAGUUAUCGUAGUGUAUGGUUGUUAUUGAGAGAGUUCUUAGCACUUUCUAAAAGUUCGGUAUUUUAUUUCGAAAUGGGUAAUGAAGGAGAAAUCGUUCUAGUUCAGAAUUCCGAUGAUUUGAAGAGUAAACUUAAAGAAGCAGGUACUAGUUUGGUAGUUAUUGAUUUUUUUGCCGUAUGGUGUGGACCAUGCAAGAUGAUUGGACCACUAAUUGAAGAACUGUCAAAGGAAAUGCAGGAUGUUAUUUUUCUUAAAGUUGAUGUGGAUGAAUGUGAAGAUAUUGCUGCUGAAUAUGAAAUAACCAGUAUGCCUACAUUUAUCUUUAUAAAAGAAGGCAAAGUGUUGGAGACCUUUUCUGGUGCAAAUUAUGAUAAAUUGAAAAAUACUGUUGAAAAACACAAGUAAAUAAUAUAUUAUGAUUGUUUAAAUAUAUUGUUUAAAAACAAAAAUGAUACAUGAAUAAUAAAUUCAUAAAUACACAUGAAUUAUAAUACUAUUUUAGAAAUAUAAUACUGAACAGCUAUUUAUGUAUAUGUAUACAAGUUCAUAUAUACAAAAAGCGCGAAUUUUUUUUGCUUUAUGCACAUCGAAAAAAUAGAAAAAGCUGAUUCUUUUUUCAUAAAUUAGAAACAUUUUAUUAUAUCUAUCAAUUUUGUUUUGUGAAAAAAUGUAAUAAACUUCUAAACAUAUAAAAUAUAAUUGUGUCAAUAGAGAA